GGAGCUGUACAUCACACGAGGCCCCGAAGGACUCGGGUUAACGGGAUGAAGCCGUCAGUAUCCCCGGGGACGGAGCGGUCCCAGACGAAUUCCUGAGUCACCGUCGAGAGAAAGCGUUCUGAGCCGCCAUAUUGAAGCUGGGCAAACCGAAGCAAGAAAGGAUGCCAUGUUGGAUCUUUGCCAGCCUUGGUGCUGAGGGGGCUAGGUUGGAGAGAGAGCCCAUAUAUACAUUAUGGGCAAAUGAUGCCAGGCUGGUUGCCAUGUCAUUAACGGGCCCUGCUUUCCACCAGUUCUGUGGAAGAGGUUAUUAUGGGGGAGGGACGUUAGGUCGCUUGCAUUAGUAUACUGUGGUCCUGAGUGUGCGUGUGCAUUUUCCCCAUAUUUCUUGGGGAAAUGUUUCCGAGCAAGCUGAAGCUUUUUUUUUCACCAUCUUUCUUAUGGGCACCCUGCCGUCGCCAUUGCUCCACUGUGAUUCGGCGAAGCCCCCGUGGCCGCCAUGUUGGUCUCGGGCAGCCGAGAUAAGGGAGGCGGAGUGUGCAGAGUGGAGGCGGGCCAACCAUGCGGAAGUGACGCAAGGCACCGCCAUGUCUUUUGAGGGCGGCGACGGUGCCGGGCCGGCCAUGCUGGCUACGGGCACGUGAGUGGAGGCGGCGUUGUGAACCGCGGUGUGGGGAGAAUUUGGCCGUCCGGAGGAGAGGGGUGCUGGGAGGGCGAGCCGCUCGCGGGAGGAGUAUAGCCAGCGUAGGUCAGAGGGCAGAAAUCGCCCAGUGACCCUACGCUGAGCGCUGGAAAGGUGUCGCCCGCGGGAACCGUCGUGUCUGACCCGAGGCAACGCUUAGACAGCCUUAUCCUCUGGUCUCUAGACCCACUAGGAUCUUUACUUUGGCCGUGGACCAUGUCCACAGGGUCGGGGGGUUACUCGGUGGGGCUUCGGGGCGCCCCUCACCCGUCCAAAGGCGGGACUUCCGGUCCUGGCCCCCACCUGGGCGGGCUUUCCUGUUUUCUUGCUAGAGAAGUGGGUCUUUCCCUGGACCCCCUGGCGAAAUGGGGAUUCUGAGCGGUAGAGAAAGACCCCGGACAUUCACCUGCCCCCGGCCACUGGGUGCAUCCUCGAGUUCCUCCCACCUUGGGGUGGGGGAGGGGUUUACUUCCAGUUUGACAGGUGGUGGGAGGGGACUUCGCUAGCAUCCCUCAUUCCUUGGGGGGCUUUUCCUCUUUCCUCAUCUCUUCCUGGAGUCACUUUCCUCACUUCAUCUCCUCACCUCAUCCUAAAAGGUCAAUCACCUUACCUGUCCCUUCCUCCUCCUGUGGAGGACAGGUCUUACCUCCCUCUCUCCCUAAUCUUAAACACCUCCAUUUGGGGGGAGGGAGGAUCUUCCAUCUCUAAGCUCCUUGGAAAAUACAGAACUUCCUCCGGAAGCUGAAGGAGUGGGAGACUCUCCUGUGGGGUACUUGGCUUGGUUACUCUCCUGUUGGUCCUGGCAACUCUCCUGUUGGGUAACCGACGCCAGAGAGCUCCCAAGCCUUGGCAGAGAGAGCUGCGUGAGUCACCCUUCUCCUCUUUGAGGGCGCGGAUGGCGUCGGGGCGCCCCGAGGAGCUGUGGGAGGCCGUGGUGGGGGCUGCCGAGCGCUUCCGGGCCCGGACGGGCACGGAGCUGGUGCUGCUGACGGCUGCGCCCCCCCCGCCCCCCCGUCCGGGCCCCUGCGCCUAUGCAGCCCACGGUCGAGGGGCCCUGGCCGAGGCUGCCCGCCGCUGCCUCCAUGACAUCGCCCUGGCCCACCGGGCAGCCGCCACCGCCCGGCCCCCCAUGCCCCCACCAGCACCGCAGCCGCCCAGCCCUGCACGGAGCCCACCUCGGCCUACCCUGAACAGGGAGGAAGAUGAGGAGGAUGAGGACGAGCCAACGGAGACAGAGACCUCUGGGGAGCGGCUGGGUGUCAGCGAUAAUGGAGGACUCUUUGUGAUGGAUGAGGAUACCACGCUCCAGGACCUGCCCCCCUUCUGCGAGUCAGACCCUGAGAGCACGGACGAUGGCAGCCUGAGCGAGGAGACCCCCGCUGGGCCCCCAGCCUACUCAGUGCCCCCAGCCUCAGCCCUGCCCACACAGCAGUACGCCAAGUCCCUGCCCGUGUCCGUGCCCGUCUGGGCCUUCAAGGAGAAGAGGACAGAAGCUCGGUCAUCUGAUGAGGAGAACGGGCCGCCCUCCUCGCCGGACCUGGACCGUAUCGCGGCGAGCAUGCGCGCGCUGGUGUUGCGGGAGGCCGAGGACACUCAGGUCUUCGGGGACCUGCCGCGGCCACGGCUCAACACCAGCGACUUCCAGAAGCUGAAGCGGAAAUACUGAGGUCCAGGGAGCUUCCCGGCCCGGCGUCCGCCCCACCCCCACACUACACCCCUGCCCCGCCCCCGGGGCCCGCCAAUCCGAGUCAGAUCCGGGACCGGCCUCCCGGGCCACCAGGAUUGACCAGCCCCUGCCAACCCCCGCCGCCCUUCCAGCCCACGACCGCUCCCGCGCGGAUGAGCGAUGCCUGUGCAGUUUCCCGAUUGGGUCUGUUUUCUCUCUGCCCAGCGACAGAUUCUUUCUAUUAAGGGAUUGUCUCGCUCCUCGAUCGGGACGUGGCUAGUUGGCCAACUUCGUCGUUUUCCGCCUAGCAACAAGGGCUUUGCUCGCACGGCAUUGGCUCCAUUCCUGAAAGAGCACAGUCAAGCUCCAGGAUUGGGUAGUGGCCCUCGACUUCAGCACGGUGAAUGGGCAGCUCCUUCACUUGAUUGGCUCGAACACUGUAAAGGGCUUGACCAAUCUCCCGAGAGAGCCAUCACCCUUCCUGAGUUCCCCCGCCUGAUUGGUUCCACUUCUGGGGGCGUGGCCAACCCUCUUCCUGUGCCCAGGAUUGGCCUGUGGCCUUAAAUUUACGUUCUUUACACUACUGGGGCUGGGGUCGUCUUUUGCCGAAGUCCUGACAAUUGUCCCUCUGGCCCCCUCAGGGAUGGCCCGAUCCUGUUCCUGCGUUUGACACCCUCUCAUUGGUUCCAUCCCACAACAGCCUGCCAAUCAAACCCGUCCUUGCAUCCAGGACGUUACCAGCUCCCGCCCCUCUCCCCCCACCCCCACAGGUGCCUUAAAGGGCCCUCGUCCACCCAAGGUGGGGGGCAGGGGGCCUCACUCUCCGGCCCUGGUGUGGGGGAGAGAGUGGGGGGUCGGGAUCGGGAGUUGGGAGGGGCGCUCUGAGAUUAAAGAGUUUUACCUCUGACAAAUGA